CAAUAUCCAAAGAAGAAGGAAAAAAACAUCCAAAGGGAGAAAACAAGAACUGAAGGGCAAAUGAGGUAGGAGGAAAUACAAAUUUCGUUUCAGCACCGUUGGAGUGCCAAGCCGUGAAAAGCAUUUGGCCAGAAGACAAGGUGGUGUCCUUUUCAGCUUGGAGGAGGGAGCCUCCUUCUGGAACCAGAUGUUGACCUGGAGAAUCUUCUUCGCUUCCAUGAUCUCGACCUUCACCUUGAACUUCUUCAUGAGUAUCUACCACAACAAGCCGGGAGAUUUUAGUAACCCCAGGUCUCAUCAACUUUGGACGCUUUGACAACGAUAGCACGGAGUACUACCUGUAUGAGAUUCCUCUGUUUAUCGUCAUGGGAGCCUUCGGUGGAUUGCUGGGAGCACUGUUCAACGUCCUGAACUACUGGCUCACCAUCCUCAGGAUCAGGUAUAUCCACCGGCCCUGCCUGCAGGUGAUCGAGGCCAUACUGGUUGCUGCCGUGACGGCCACUGUGUUCUUCACUAUGAUCUACUUCUCCAACGACUGCCAGCCCCUGGGGGAGGAUCAGCUGGAGGAAUACCCCUUGCAGCUGUUCUGUGCUGAUGGCGAGUACAAUUCCAUGGCCACGAUCGUCUUCAACACCCCGGAGAGGAGUGUCCGCAGCCUGUUCCACAGCCCC